AUGAUCACCAACAUCCAGAAAGAGAAAGAGAAACCAGCCCAAACAAGUUUUAACAAAAUUUUAUCAAUUUUUGUUUUGGUUUCAACCACUUUACUCUAUUUUUUUUUCUGCCACUCUAUUUCCUCCAAUCUCUCCCCCAUUGCCACUCUAUUUCCUCCAAUCUCUCCCACACCUCUCUGCCACUUUAUUUCCUCCAAUCUCUCUCCCACACCCUCUCUGCCACCAAUUUCCUCCAAUCUCUCCACACCCCUCUCUGCCCUCUAUUUCCUCCAAUCUCUCCCACACCCUCUCUGCCACUCUAUUUCCUCCAAUCUCUCCCACACCCUCUCUGCCACUCUAUUUCCUCCAAUCUCCCCCACCCUCUCUGCCACUUUAUUUCCUCAAUCUCUCCCACACCCUCUCUGCCACUCUAUUUCCUCCAAUCUCUCCCACACCCUCUCUGCCACUCUAUUUCCUCCAAUCUCUCCCACACCCUCUCUGCCACUCAAUUUCCUCCAAUCUCCCCCACCCCUCUCUGCCACUCUAUUUCCUCCAAUCUCCCCACCCUCUCUGCCACUCUAUUUCCUCCAAUCUCUCCCACACCCUCUCUGCCACUCUAUUUCCUCCAAUCUCUCCCACACCCUCUCUGCCACUCUAUUUCCUCCAAUCUCUCCCACACCCUCUCUGCCACUCUAUUUCCUCCAAUUUCUUUCUGCCCCUGGAUCUAGACAAUUAGUGGUGGUUCCACACUCCUCAAACCUCCAAUCUCUCCCACACCCUCUCUGCCACUUUAUUUCCUCCAAUCUCUCCCACCCUCUCUGCCACUCUAUUUCCUCCAAUCUUCCUCUGCCACUCUAUUUCCUCCAAUCUCUCCCACACCCUCUCCCCUACUAUUUCCUCCAAUCUCUCCCACACCCUCUCUGCUACUUUAUUUCCUCCAAUCUCUCCCACACCCUCUCUGCCACUUUUAUUUCCUCCAAUCUCUCCCACACCCUCUGCUGCUUUUAUUUCCUCCAAUCUCUCCCCACCCUCCUCUGCCACUUAUUUCCUCAAUCCCCACCCUCUCUGCCACUCUAUUUUCCUCCCAAUCUCUGCCACUUUUUUUUCCUCCAAUCUCUCCCACCCCUCUCUGCCCUUUAUUUCCUCCAAUCUCUCCCCACCCUCUCUGCCACUUUAUUUCCUCCAAUCUCUCCCCACACCCUCUCUGCCACUUUAUUUCCUCCAAUCUCUCCACACCCUCUCUGCCACUUUAUUUCCUCCAAUCUCCCCACCCUCUCUGCCACUUUUAUUUCCUCCAAUCUCUCCCACACCUCUCUGCCCUCUAUUUCCUCCAAUCUCUCCCACACCCCUCUCUGCCAAUCUCUUAUUUCCUCCAAUCUAUUUCCUCCCACACCCUCUCUGCCACUUUAUUUCCUCCAAUCUCUCCCACCCUCUCUGCCACUUUAUUUCUCCAAUCUCUCUGCCACUUUUAUUUCCUCCAAUCUCUCCCACACCCUCCUCUGCCACUUUAUUUCCUCCAAUCUCCCCACCCUCUCUGCCACUUUAUUUCCUCCAAUCUCUCCCACACCCUCUCUGCCACUUUUAUUUCCUCCAAUCUCUCCCACACCCCUCUGCCACUUUAUUUCCUCCAAUCUCUCCCACACCCUCUCUGCCACUUUAUUUCCUCCAAUCCACACCCUCUGCCACUUUAUUUCCUCCAAUCUCUCCCACACCCUCUCUGCCACUUUAUUUCCUCCAAUCUCUCCCACACCCUCUCUGCCACUUUAUUUCCUCCAAUCUCUCCCACACCCUCUCUGCCACUUUAUUUCCUCCAAUCUCUCCCACACCCUCUCUGCCACUCUAUUUCCUCCAAUCUCUCUCCCCCUCUCUCUCUCUUAUGGAAGUGUAUGUGUGUAG